ACAUUCUCUCUCUCUCUGCCUCCUUUUUCCAGUGGCCUCCUCUUUCCUCCUCUUUCGGCACUGUUUAGGGUUUGGUCUCCAUCUCCUUUACGGCUUCGAAGAGAUCAAUUGCCCUGCAGAUCGCCUCCUUCGCCAUCAUGUCACCGCUUUAAUCCGGCGGCAACUGUUUGGGACUUUCCUUUUCCUGUGAAGCGAGUGGGAAUUUUGAGCUUUCCGGGGGGUUUUAAGCAGUUUUUGUACUGGUUGUUUUGUUUUGUUUUGUUUUGAUUAUGUCAAUUAGGAUUUAGAGGGGUUUAGAACUAUGGCGAUGUUUAGGAAGUGCGCUGAGGCUGGGGCGAGGGCGCUGGUGCGCGUGAGAUCUAGCGCGGGAGCGCAGCGGGAAGCGCUGAAAGUCGGGCGGAGUUUGACGUCCGUGGUGGGAAGCAAUGGGGGAGCGUCGUCGGGGUGGACGGGUUUGCAGGAGAGGGGUUUGUUCCUUGGGAAUGGAUCCAUGUGGGGAGUGAAGGGAGGGAACGGGCUGGCGUCGGAGAUGACCUUGUUGCAGUCGCGGAGGGAGAUUUCUAGCCAGCCGGAUUUGUUUGAUGAGGAGACUUUGAGCUCGAGUGAUGAGGAGGGCUUCGUGGGGAAAAAAAACGCGGGUGCUGGGAAGGACGAGCUUGCGAUCGACAGUUUGGGCGUCUCUGAGGAUAUAGUAAAUGCGCUUGCGAAGCGUGGGAUCACGCACUUGUUUCCAAUUCAGAGGGCCGUCCUCGAGCCGGCCAUGAAAGGACAGGACUUGAUUGCGAGGGCGAAGACGGGGACUGGGAAGACACUUGCUUUUGGAAUUCCCAUCAUACAGCACAUUAUUGACGCGCAUAAAGAGAGCGCGCCCAGGCAUGGGAGGUCUCCGCGGGCUUUAGUGCUAGCGCCGACUCGUGAGUUGGCGAAGCAAGUGGAGCGGGAGUUUAUGGAGUCAGCUCCUAUGCUGUCGACGGUGUGCGUCUAUGGUGGCGUGUCUAUCAGCAUGCAGCAGAGGCAACUGGAGAGGGGCGUAGACAUUGCCGUGGGGACGCCCGGGCGUAUCAUCGAUUUAAUUGACAGGGGCUCUUUGAAGUUGCAGAAUGUAAACUUCUUGGUGUUGGACGAGGCAGAUCAGAUGUUGGCGGUUGGAUUCGAAGAAGAUGUGGAGCGUAUUUUACAGCAGUUGCCAAAGAACCGACAGAGCAUGCUUUUCUCUGCGACGAUGCCGAAAUGGGUGAAAGAGCUUAGUGGAAAGUACCUCAACAGGCCACUGAUGAUUAACCUGGUGGGAGACGCAGAUGACAAGCUGGCGGAGGGCAUCACGAAUUUGGCCAUUCAGCUUCCUGCAACGGCGAAGCGAUCGAUUUUGAGCGACUUGAUUACUGUGCAUGCCAAAGGCGGGAAGACGAUCGUGUUUACGCAGACAAAGAGAGACGCAGACGACGUGGCGAUGGCGAUGGGGAACCUGGUGGCUUGUGGGGCAUUGCACGGGGAUAUCUCGCAACUUCAGAGGGAGAAGACAUUGAACGCGUUUCGGGAGGGUAAUAUCACAGUUUUGGUCGCGACGGACGUCGCUGCACGAGGACUGGACGUGCCAAACGUAGACCUUGUAAUCCACUACGAGAUUCCGAACGACUCGGAGACAUUUGUGCAUAGGACGGGACGGACAGGUCGCGCGGGGAAGACCGGGACGAAUAUAUUGAUGUUUACCAAUCAACAGAUGCGGACGAUGCGGACUAUCGAGAGCAACGUGAAGUGCAGGUUUCAGAUGAUUGGUGCACCUCAUGUGAAGGAUGUGAUGCAAGCAAGCUUCGACCAGGUGAGGGGUGCGCUGAAAAAUGUGGAUGAGAGUUUGGCGGCCGAGUUCCGUCCAACUGCAGAGUCUCUGCUGGAGGAGAAGGGUCCAGAUGCGUUCGCUGCUGCAUUGGCUCACUUGAGUGGGUUCAGUCAGCUGCCUCCCAGCCGAUCUUUGUUGACGCACGAGCCAGGAAUGACGACGUUGAGGCUGAUGCGCAGCGGGGGCAGACCAGCUCUUAAUGCGCGCGGUGUGAGCGGGGUUUUGUCUGGCUUAUCUCGAUCUGCAGCGGACAGUGUGGGGAAGAUCUGCAUUAUCGACGACAGGAGGGUGAAUGGAGCGGUGUUCGAUUUGCCGGAUGAUGUGGCCAAGGAAGUUCUGGCGCUACCAAACCAGGACGGGGACGUGUUCGACGUACCAACAAAGCUUCCUCCUAUAAUAUCAGAAGAAAGGAGAGGAGGACAAAGCUCAGGUAUGUUUGGAAGAUUUGGUGGAGGAUCGGAUAGUCGAGGUGGUAUGGAUAGGGGCAAUGAUCGAUUCGGAAGAUUCUCGUCAUCGUCACCUCGAUCAUCAUCAUCAGAAAGAGAGAGGUUCGGGAGGUUUUCGUCAAAGCAGUCGGACAGAGGGGGUGACAGGACCUUUUCAGGGACAUGUCACGUGUGUGGGCAACGGGGACAUCGGGCGAACGAUUGCCCUUCAGGAGGAGGGCGAAGUCGGCGCAGCAGUUGGGGAGGUUGAAGGGAGGAUAAAUGGAAAGCUAGAGGCUUUGCAAAUAGAGAUAUAGUAGUUAGAAUAUCCCUCCAACCUGUUCCUUCUAAGUUGUUCAUAUUGUAGCAUUAUGGAGAGGUCGAGUUGCCAGUAUACGAUGAGGAGGCAUUAGUAUUCACGGUGCAACGGCCAGCAUCGUUUAAUAGAAUUGCAGUAUGGACUAGGUGCCUUCAUCGACGCAGAGGUUUUCAGCCAAGAAAUGAUCGAUAAAAUUUUCCUGAGUAGUAGACCUGCUAAAACUCUCUGACGCCGUGCCAAAAGCGCAUUCAAACAUUGGCAGAGUGUCGCUGGGAUAAGGAUGUGUCUGGUGGCUACCAAGGUCGAUAUGUUUGCAUCAUCCUGCAACAAACUAAUCGAGUUCACAGUGUUAAUGGUGAGUUAGUUUGUGUAGUUUGUAUCAGAUGGUGGUACUUAACCUCCCCAGUUCCUAGCAUCCCCUAGAGGGUCUUUAUUGCACGAUGCUGAAGGCCUGAAGUAGAGAGGCAUUUUAGAUUUUAGGAACAUCAUUCCAAAAGCAUUUCACGACAAUUUGGUCGAAACCCUGUCAACACCUCAUAGCAGGACUUGCUAUCUAAACUUUCACAUAACCAACUUAUAUA